AUGGGCUUUCUAGAUGUGCUCACUGUGAACUUGAAUGACGAUGAGCUGGACCGCCUGGCUAAGAAAACGUGGCUUGUCAUUUCAACUGUAGGCCCAUUCUUGGUCUAUGGCUCUGCUACCUGUCGUGCUUGUGCUCUCAAUGGCACUCAUUACCUGGAUUGCACGGGAGAAACCCCAUGGGUGGCAGACAUGAUCCGCCAGUACGAUGAAAUCGCAAAGAAAAUCGGCAGUAUUAUGAUCCCCUGCUGCGGCUUUGACUGUGUGCCUUCCGACCAUUCGACCUGGGAUGCCGCCAACCACCUCCUCUCCAAGGCGGGGAUCAGUGGCGGAACCCUCGCCUCACUCCUCCAAACACUCAACCUGUACAGUCUGCGAAAGCUAUACCACAUUCACGCGCCCUUCGAACUCUCACCCAAACAACCCAUGCCCUCAGUCCCACCGCAACAGAGCAGAAUCUGGACCAAGACACUGGGCCUCCUGCGAAUCAAAGAGCUAGGCUGGAUGGGAUACCAACCACAAGGCCCAGUUGACCGAGCAAUUUUGCACCGGAGCUGGGGGCUGCUAGGACCCACUGCCGCAUCCUACGGCCACAACUUCGAUUUCCAUGCGUGGCUGCGGAUAUGGGGCCCCGUACCUGCUGUCCUGUGGCAUCUGGGACUCGCCAUGCUGGUGCCACUGCUUCUGCUGCGUCCUGUUCGCUGGCUUCUUUCGAAGCUGUGGUACCAGCCGGGCGAGGGAGCGGGUCUGAAUAAGAUCCAUGGCAAUUAG